CCCGCCCUGGCGGUAAGUCAGUUGAUAAAAUCGUCUCGGCAUUACAAAAUACUCGCACAGUGCCGUCGUCGCGUUUUCUGAUACUUAAAUACUGAAUCUCAAUCACCGGAAACUCCCCACAGAAUAGAAUCUCCCUCAUAAUGUAUCCCUUCGGUUCUGGAAUGCCAUCGCACCCCCCUACCUCCACUAACCACCACCACGAGCCACCACGGGCGCCCUUUGGAGCUGGUUGGGUGCCACCGAUGCAGCAGAACUCGCCAUACCCACCACCCUCCUCCCAGCCACACCCAUACUCACAGCCAUCGUCCCAAAUGCACCAACAACAACAGCACUAUCAAUAUCCUGGCCAACAGGGUGGCGGUGCUCCAGCUCCAUAUCCACCAAUGUCGGCACCAUAUCCGUCAGCCACACCAUCCUAUCCACCAUAUCCCAGUGCAAAUCCGUAUCCAUCACAAUAUCCUCCGCCGUUGCAUCAUCAGCAGCAGCAGCAACCUUUUUCGAAUAGUCCCUAUCCCACGGAUCGUGGAUAUACACCAGCCAUGACAGCCGGAUUUGAUGCAGGCUAUGGCUAUGGAAACGGACAGGGACAUGGACAAGGACAAGGACAAGGACAAGGACAUGGACAAGGACAUGGACAUGGGCAGGGUUAUGGGCAUGGACAGGGGCAUGGGAAUGGUCAGGGGCACGCGCAUCGGUCACUCACAGCUCACAGAGAGGGAACUCCCACUGUGGUGCCCGCCCAGGGCUUUGAUCCCGUCAAGGAUGCCCAUGACUUGCGCAAGGCGAUGAAGGGCUUUGGCACGGAUGAGGAUGCCCUGAUUAACAUCAUCUGCCGGCGUUCGAAUGAACAGCGCCAGGAGAUCCAGCGCCAGUUCAAGACCCAUUUCGGCAAGGAUCUUAUCGAGGACAUCAAGUCGGAGACCAGUGGUAACUUUGAGAAGCUCCUCGUCGGCCUGUUGCGUCCCAUUGUGGACUACUAUUGUGCCGAGCUGAAUGAUGCCAUGGCUGGACUUGGCACCGACGAGGAAGUACUCAUCGAGAUCCUCUGCACGCUGUCCAACAUGGAGAUCUAUACGAUCAAAAACCAGUACUUACGAUUGUACGGCGCCCAUUUGGAAUCCGAACUGAAGUCGGAGACCUCGGGCAACUUCAAGCGGCUGCUCACAUCCUUGUGUACAGCGGCGCGGGAUGAAAGUGGACGCGUGGAUCCCAAUGCGGCCAAGAACGAUGCCAGAGAGUUGCUGAAGGCAGGUGAACUGCGUGUCGGCACCGAUGAGAGCAUGUUCAACAUGAUCCUCUGCCAGAGGAACUAUCAGCAAUUGAAAAUGAUAUUCCAAGAGUAUGAGAGUAUGACUGGUCACUCGCUGGAGAAGGCCAUCAAGAAGGAGUUCUCCGGCGAUGUUAUGGAGGGCCUGAUUGCCAUCUACAGGUGUGUCACCAACAAGGCCGAAUACUUUGCCUCGCGUUUGCACAAGGCGAUGGCUGGAAUCGGUACCAAUGACACCCAGUUGAUCCGUGUCAUCAUCACAAGGAGCGAGAUCGAUAUGACAGACAUUAAGGUGGCUUUUGAGCGUCUAUACGGCAAGUCCUUAAAGAGCUGGAUCAAGGGCGAUACUUCGGGCCAUUACAAGCACGCCCUUUAUGCCCUCGUUGGUGAACAGCGCUCCUCUUAAGAAUCUCCAUAUAUAUAUUUAUUAAUCAAACCAAAUCGAACUUGAAUUCAAUUAUACGAAUAUGUAUUAUAUUUUCUAUAUAUUCGCUCAUUAACAUACAUACAACAUACACGCCAAGGGAGCCAAACAAUUAUGACCCAGUUAUGUAGACUUUAAGUGCUCACAAAUAUUACCUGAAUGGGAUGGAAGGACAGACAUCCCGCGUCCCUUCGACAAAUUGAUACCUCUUAAAGAAAAUGUAGAAAAACACACCAGAACCACGGUCAGUAAGUGUUGUAUUUGUAUGUUGGUUCUUUUUUUUUUUAUUAUUAUUAAAAGACCUCUUGUAUUGUAAAAUGCGCUCGGAAAGACAAAAUAUUAAUGAAGUUCCUGUCGUUAAAGAUGUUUGUAAAAAACCAAACAAUUUGCUAAUAUUUUUUAUCGAAUGACCACAUAAAUGUUGCAAUAAAAAACUACGCUUUCUA